UUUCACCCACUCACUCUCUCUCUCUUUCUCUCUGUUCUCAGAACAAUCUUCACAAGCCCCGCCGCUCCUCAAACCAAAGCCAACUCUCUCUCUCUCUCUCUCUCACUCUCACACAAAGCUCAGUAAGCGCAGGAUAAGAACCUGUACCCCCUAUGCGCAUCUUAUAAUCCUUUACACCAUUUUACCACACUACCAUGAGCUCCUCUACUUCCACCAUCUCUCUCUACUCUCACCCGCAGGUAAUCAAAUCCCAUUCCCCACACUCACUGCGGUCGCGGUUUCUAAGCGGCUCCGGCGUGCUGCUCUUUGCUCCGGCAGCCGUUUCUUUUGUUCUGGUUGGGAGCGGAAGGAAAUGCGGCGUGAGGUUCAGAGGCUUGGUUGUUAGGGUUGCGGCUUCUUCCAUGGCUGACGGAAGAGGUUCGAGGCGCGCCGCGAGUGGCCGGAGAGUAGUUUAUAGAGAGUCUCAGGCCGAGCCGGCGCCUUCUCCGUUCAAGCAGGUCGCUUCGGUUGUUGCUCCCGCCGGUGUCUUUCUCGCCGUCACUUUUGUUUUGUGGAAAUUGGUGGAGAAACUCCUUAUUCCAAAGCCAGAGAGGACUGCAUCCGUGGAAAACAAAUCUCCUCCGCAAGGAAUGAACUGGUCCUUUGCUGUAGGGACAAAUCUUUUACCAGGUCUCAAAGCGAAGAUUGAUAGAGAGUCCAAACAGAAGCUCAAUGAAUUUGCUAAAGAACUGAGGACAUUCGGAAGUGUAGACAUGUCAGGUCGCAACUUUGGAGAUGAAGGACUAUUUUUUCUUUCUGAGAGUUUAGGAUACAAUCAGACUGUUGAAGAAGUAAGUUUUGCUGCAAAUGGAAUAACUGCAGAGGGAAUUAAAGCCUUUGAUGGUGUUCUUCAAUCAAACAUUGUAUUAAAGACUCUUGAUCUUUCUGGAAACCCUAUUGGAGAUGAAGGGAUUAAGUGCUUGUGUGAUAUCCUGGCGGACAAUGCUAGUAUUCUAAAGCUUCAGCUGAACAGUACUGACUUAGGUGAUGAGGGUGCAAAAGCUAUUGCAGAGUUGUUGAAGAAAAAUUCAAGCUUGCGUGUUCUGGAACUUAACAACAAUAUGAUUGAUUAUUCUGGGUUCACUGGUCUUGCUGGAGCACUUCUUGAGAAUAACACUAUACGAAAUCUGCAUCUCAAUGGCAACUAUGGUGGCGCUCUAGGGGCUAAUGCUUUGGCAAAAGGACUUGAGGGGAACAAAUCUCUAAGGGAACUUCAUUUGCAUGGAAAUUCUAUUGGAGAUGAAGGAGUACGUGCUUUGAUGUCAGGUUUAUCUAUGCAUAAAGGGAAGACUACACUUCUAGAUAUUAGCAACAACUCAAUUAGCGCAAGAGGUGCGUUUUAUGUUGCUGAAUAUGUAAAGAAGAGCAAGAGCUUAUUAUGGUUAAACCUUUACAUGAAUGACAUAGGCGAUGAGGGAGCUGAAAAAAUUGCAGAGGCUUUGAAGCAAAACCGAUCAAUAACAACCAUAGACCUGGGGGGAAAUAACAUCCAUGCCAAGGGAGUCACUGACAUAGCUCAAGUUUUGAAAGAUAAUUCUGUCAUUACAACUUUGGAACUUAGUUAUAAUCCCAUUGGACCAGAUGGAGCAAAGGCUUUAUCUGAAGUUCUUAAGUUUAAUGGAAAUGUAAACACCCUCAAGCUCGGUUGGUGCCAGAUAGGAGCAAAGGGUGCAGAGUUCAUUGCAGAUACUUUGAAAUAUAAUACUACCAUAUCUGUUCUGGACUUGCGGGCAAAUGGACUUAAAGAUGAAGGUGCAGCUUGCCUAGCUCGCAGCUUGAAAGUGGUUAAUGAAGCUUUAACUUCACUUGAUUUAGGGUUCAAUGAAAUAAGGGAUGAUGGGGCUUUUGCUAUUGCUCAAGCACUAAAAGCUAAUGAAGAUGUGGCAGUCACAUCUCUGAACCUUGCCAAUAACUUCCUGACAAAAUUUGGACAGAGUGCUCUGACGGAUGCAAGAGAUCAUGUAUAUGAAAUGAGUGAGAAGGAGGUCAACGUUUUUUUCUAGAUAGAAGAUCAAAACUUUGCAGGUAAUAUGUUAGAAGUAGAACAAGACAAUUCUUUGGUUAUUCUUGUUCCGGCUAGUGUUGGUUAGAACUCCAAGCUUCUAGUUCAAAUUCUUGAGUUCUGACUAACAUCCAUCCACUUGCGAGAAAAAUUUGGAAAUUUUGACAUUGAUUAAUUAUAGUAAUUUUCAUUAGUUAUAAUUUUUUAAAUUGUGCUUUAGGUUCUCAGUUUUGGUUCAAAAUUCAACUUUAGUCUGUCAAUUUGCUGAUGAUAUAAUUGGAUCCACGUAAUGAUUUAGUGUCUUCUGGUUAAGUUA